UCGCUGUGGUGGUGGUGCUUCAUUCGCGUCGUUUGGCCGUCUCAUUUGCUGGUGUGGACUUGCGGGUGGUUUGGAUCACAUUCCACGUGCGCGUGCCGAGCUUAAGAGGCCCUAUGCCAACCUAAUGCUGCAUAGCUCCACAUGAACUUUUUGCUUUUGAGUUGGCUAUAUGCUGAUUGCGGAGAUUUUGUUGCCGCCUCGUAACAUGCAACUGAAGAAAGACGCAAUCGCAAGUCAAUAAUGUGACUUUUACACUUUGUUGCGUAUUUAUGUUUUUGUGCAUUUGAGUUAAAUAAAAUGAUAUUCAUACAACUGUCCAUUGAGCAUAGUGAUGACACAAAUAUUUAUUAUUUUUAAAAUGACUAUAAUUUUUCAUCAUUAGUAGGGCUCUCAGAAGUUGACAGGAAAGAACAACAAAAUUGCAUCGUGCAUCGAUACUGCCACAAUUACAAGGUAGCUCAACGACUUAUCGCAAAUAAAAAAAUUAAUAUUUUUGGUGCCUGGUCCGCCGAGGCCUGGCAGCUCAUUCUAAUUGUGACUGAGCUCACAUGGAUAUCCGAGUUUAUGUCAUAAUCCCAAUUAUUUAAAAGUAGUUUGAUGUGUCGUUAAGCAGAUAAACGAAUUGCCUGAAUCGGCAUUACGGAACAUAACUAAAUGUGACGGGAAAAAUAAUGUGAAUUUUCAAAAGUGCCAUACAGUAAUAUAUGUGUACAUAUAUAUUAUUUAUACAUAUUUAUUCUAUGAAUGUAUCUAACAUGCAAUCGGCUUACAAAGCAGUCCUUGUAGCACCUAGUCAAAGGAGUACAACUCAAAGACAUGUAAUCUCAACCGGGUUCUGUAAGGAAAUAGGCGACAUUAAGAAACGGCUCAGUAGACGCUUAUUAUUUGAACAAAAUAUCUUCACUAUGAAUUGAAAUCGUUAAAAGAAGUGGGACCGCCGUUAUGCCGAUAUGCCGCCUCCUGAAAAAGAUCCAACGAAUGGGAAGGAACACUCUGACUUGGAGAUGAUUAAACAACUUCAGCUAAUACGAAGAAGAUUACUUAGUCAGACCCAUUACGUUAGCAUGACCGAUAUCGACGCAAGUGCUCAACAGCAACAACACCUCCAGAACGUGCAGAGACUGCAGCACGAAAGCUGCCUUCAGGAGUUGCACAAUCAACUAAGCAGUCAGUUUGGGGCAGCACGAUUUACAGCACCGAAUCCCCACCACCAGCAGCAGGGAGUUUCCGUGUCAUCCGGAAACUUGGUUCCUUUUCUUCCUGCCUUCCUACAGCCCCCAAUGCCUGGUCAACAGUUGCUACAACUUAUUCCUGGUCAUGCCAGUCCCCAAGCUGUUGCCCACCACAGUCACGGUUACAAUGAAAGUCACAGUCAAAAUGAGCCAACCAGCGCACACAAAAUGGCACUAGCUCCUAUGUGGUCCACUGCGGCUGUUGCGGCUGCGCACAUACAGGCCGCUCUGGCGGCGGCAGCAGUAGCAGCUGCCAAUAAUAAUAAAAACAACAGUUUUUCCAACAACAACAAUGUACUCGCUGCAUCGACCACUGCGAAUGAGCCAUCAGGGGCAGAUUCUUCCGCCUCUUUGCCGCUAAUGGAGAUCGGAGAAAUGAAAAGGGGCGGGAAUGAAGGGGCCUGCUUGUCAAGGCCGGAGUCCCCAGCAUAUGAGAACCCACCUUAUGCAAUCCUCUCUUAUAGCCACAAUACACCCCCGGAGUCGCCACACGGCCGAACAGUUGACUGCUCCAAGAAUUUUCCACCAUCGCCGACAGACAACCACAGUAUGGCGAGCCUGUCGGAAGCCCAAGACUCUGAAAUGGACGCUCCCCUAAAUCUUACCAAGCCAAAGGGAUCGCCGAGUUCUUCGCCGAACAGCUCUUGUCAAAGGGAUCACAGCGAAAGCCUUACGCCCAUUGUAUCCAGUCCACCCCUUAGCUGGCAUCAAGGGCAACAGCAUUAUGCCGAGAUAGAGUCGCCCCUUUUAAAGAAUCACGGGAGAGUGUGGAACUCGGCGGUCGUCGGUUCUGGGGGAUCACGGGCAACGCGAAUGAGUCGCGACUCGAUAAAUAGUUGUGGAACGAAUUCGGAACGUUCGGCGGCAUUGGACCCAGAAAGUAUCACUGCAGGUCAACUCGGCCCUAUAUCUGCGUCGCCAUCAUCACAUCCGCUUAGGCAAGGCAAUGGUCAUGGACAAAGCCACGGGCAAGGCCACGGGCACAGCAAACCGCACAUAAAGAGGCCCAUGAAUGCGUUCAUGGUGUGGGCAAAAGAUGAGCGCAGAAAGAUAUUAAAAGCAUGCCCAGACAUGCACAACUCGAAUAUAUCGAAAAUUCUUGGCGCUCGCUGGAAAGCAAUGUCUAAUGCCGACAAGCAGCCAUACUACGAGGAACAGUCAAGGCUAUCAAAGCUUCACAUGGAACAGCAUCCAGACUAUCGCUACAGACCACGACCCAAGCGAACCUGCAUUGUGGAUGGCAAAAAGAUGCGAAUUUCCGAAUACAAGGUUCUGAUGCGUAAUCGGCGGGCUGAAAUGAGGCAACUAUGGUGCCGCACAGGCGGAGUUUCUGCGGUCUCGGGAAAUGCCUGCGCCGAUGCCUGUCCCAAGGGACACUCCGGGGGAUCGAAUGCCCAGGCUGCUGUUGCGGCCGCUGCAGCUGUUUACCAUUUGCAGGAUAUGUCAUCUACAGCAGCUUCUUCGGUUCAUGGCAAUGAUUGUGUGCACACGCCAUCUCAGCAGUUCUUUUAUCCUCCAGAAAGCUUAUCACCUUCUGGCUUUUCUUCCGAUGAAGUGGAGCUAGCAUCCCAGCGCGAGCUGGACGACUAGGAUGACGACUAACAACAAAAGCCAAGAACACGAUAGUGACUCACCUUCAGAUCGUGUCGGUUCUUUACACAUAAUGGAGGGAUAUUAAAAAGAUAAAAUCGGCUUUGUAAAUGCAAAAACGGCUAGGAUAGUCACUGUUUGAUUAGCCAUUAAGUUUCAGUUCAAGUGCCAUUACACGUAUAUAUAUAUAUAUAUAUAUAUAUAUAUAGUUAAUUUGUGAAACCAUGCAAUUUUUGUGCCAUUUACGCACCAAUGCUGUAGCCAUAGAAAUACACCCAAGCUUAGGUGUAUACAAAAAAGUAGUUAGUAUCGUUUAAUAUUUGUAAAAUAUACAAACUUAAAUAGAUCCAUAUGUAAAUGUCAAAUUUGUAUGCGUCCAAAUACUCGAACGUAGUUAAAUAGAAGCCACUAAAAUACAUAAGCUUAUAUACAUAUAUAUUCACUUAGCCGUAGAUUUCCAUGAUUACUUUCGAUAUUGGACGACAUGUGUGCAUACUUGGUAAACAUAUUACUAUGUUAUUAAAAUAACUUAAUAGUAUUCCUAUUCCGGCAGUAAGCCGCUAUUUCGUAAUGCUGGUGUAUCUAUUAUGCUGGUGAUAUUAUCUUAAAUACAAAUUUUUAAAAAAGUUCACAAAAUGUGUUGUAUGUAUAUAAAAAAUAUAUAAAAAUGUACAAUCGUCACAACAUUAUUUCCCGCUAACAUAAUUAAUUUUCAACUUCAACAAUGCAAUCAAAUCAAAAUGCGCAUACUCUGAAAUAUAAAUUUAAAAUUAUUUCAAA